AUGGAGUUAAGUCAUCCUAAAGCAAUUUCGAACUUCCAAGAUGGCAAAAUAAUUAAACUUAGAAGCAUAAUCCAAGAUAUCCCAAUCAAUCCUAGCGAUCUUUCUCUUAAGCUUGAACUUCAAAGCAAUUUACUAAAAUUCAAGUAUGAUAUAUUUAGAGGCGAAUACUUAAAUAAAUAUCGGUUAAACAGCUCCUUUUCACCUAUACUGAGUUCAAGAAAAGAUCUGUGUAAACAUAAAGCAAUUGAAAUUCAAAAGAAAAACGAAAAUAAAAUGAAAAAGAAACUGCAAAGGAGGUAUGAAGAAGAAAUAAAAAGAGUUGACGAAGAAGUGAAAGUUAUCACAUGCAAGUUUGAUAAUUUUCAAUUAAAAGAUAGCUUUAAAAAAAUGAAUAAAGAAGCACUUAAAAGAAGGUUUGAUUUAGAUUUGUACAAGUAUAAAGCAGAAAAACUAGAUAUGGAUAAAUUAAGAAGACUUGCAAAGUCUGAGUUGCUUAAAGGUGAAGUAAAUCAAAUGAAAAAGCAGAAAGAACUAAAUCAAAAGAAAGUAAAACAUAGAAGAUCAAGUAUAACUGUUCCAGAUAUCCAAAUCAAUAGUUUUCUAACUGAAAUCAAUACUUUUAUAAGCAAAUAA